CCCAAUAGCUAUAUUAUUCUUUACACGUUUUGAGACGCCUGCAUUGUUCGAAGUUUACAGGUAUUUCGUGAGACCCUAGGGACUAAAUUCCUUCACUUUGCAUCCGGGGGCCAGGCAAUUUCGAAGUUUCUACCUCAGUCAGGAUGGCUGAUAUCGGCGUGGAUGAUUUAUCCACCUUGGAGGAGGUAACAGAGGAUACUAUCCUAGAAUGCCUUCACAGCCGCUACACACACCGAGAUCAAAUAUACACUUACAUAGGAGAUGUUCUGGUUGCAGUCAAUCCGUUUAAAGACUUAAAGAUCUAUGGAAAAAAGGAUCACGAAGAGUUUUCCGGCGGUCAACCCCCCUCUACCCGGCCUCAUGUUUUCGGGGUGGGCCAGCACGCCUACCGUCAGCUGAUUGGUCGAGCUAGACCACAGUGCGUCUUUGUGAGCGGAGAGUCGGGGUCUGGAAAGACAGAGACCACAAAACUCCUCGUCAAACACAUCACCUGCCUCAGCAAUGCUGACGUUAAGAUCAUGAGCGAGAAGCUGAAUAAGGUGAACCCUCUCUUGGAGGUAUUUGGAAACGCCGAAACAGUGAUGAACAAAAAUUCAAGCAGAUAUGGCAAAUUUGUAGAGUUGUUCUUUACCAAAGAGGGACACAUCAUUGGAGGAAAAGUUUCAGAUUACCUGUUGGAGAAGUCCCGCGUUGUUCGCCAGGGAGGCAGAGAGCAGAAUUUCCACAUAUUUUACACGGUGUUAGGCGGGAUGCCGCAGGAUCGUCUGCGUUUAUUUGACCUGAAGGCACCUGAGGAUUACAGAAUCAUCAACGGCAACAGAGGAUGUCUGGAGCACAUGAAGAAAUUUCCCAACAUCUACCAGCAAAGAUUUAAAGAACUGGAAGACCAGCUUCGCUGGGAGGGCUUUACACCGGAGGACGUUACCAACAUUUACCAAAUGCUGGCAGCAAUUCUUCACAUAACGAACAUCAAAUUCGUGCCAGUGGACAAAACUGAAGAAAAUUCUGCCGCACAGAUUGAUGAUAUGGAGCCCCUAGACCACGCAUGUCGUCUGCUCUCCACGGAUCCAGAGAGUAUGAAGGCAGCAUUUACUUCCUUUGAGUUUUGGGCUCAAGGAGAAAAAACAACCAGAAAAAGGACCGUACCCUGGGCAAGCGACUGUCGUGACGCUUUGGCGAAAUGGCUGUAUGAAAGACUGUUCGGCUGGGUUGUUAGAAGGGUGAACGAGAACAUGGGCCCUCAAAGUGUAGCCGACACGGACAAAAUACCACACGUGAUUGGCAUUCUGGAUAUUUCUGGGUUUGAAAACCUUCAACAGAACAGUUUCGAGCAACUGUGCAUCAAUGUUGCAAACGAACGCCUUCAUUCUUUUUUCAAUGAAUGCAUUUUCUCUCAAGAGCAAGAGGAUUACGAGAGAGAAGGAAUAGCAUGGAAACACAUCGACUUCCAGAACAAUGAAGCCGUUCUGGAACUUUUCUAUAAGAAACCUAUCAACGUCUUCUCGUUGUUGGAUGAACAGUGUCGCCUUAUACCGGUCGGAUCAGACGUUACCUACGUACGAAACCUAGACGACCAUUUCAAAGAUGACAAACAUUACGUUUCAUCCAAAGCUGAACUUUUAUUUGGCAUUCAGCAUUAUGCCGGCAAGGUUGUGUACGAGGCUCAAGGGUUUGUGGAGAAGAACCGGGACAAUCUUAGCCCAGAUAUUCUUGACUGUAUGAGGGACAGCGACAAUUUACUGAUAAGUGACCUUUUCUCCGCGGAACUGUCCUCCACGGGAACGAUUUCUCGAACGAAGAGCAAAAUUCGCCGAGGAAUGACAACCAAGAGAGACAAAGCAACGCCGAAAAAAGGCACUGGAGCAAACGGAAAGACAAAUCUUCAGAAUUCACUGACCACCUUUUUCAGGAACUCACUUAAAGAAUUGGUUGAUAAGAUGACGAGAUCAGAAACUCAUUUCAUACGCUGUUUGAAACCAAAUGACGACUUGGUUCCCGACGCGUUCAGAGCGGAUAAAGUCCGCCACCAGUUACUCAGCAAUGGGAUUACAGAGGUGGUGCGCAUCAGAAAACAGGGUUUCCCCGUCAGGAUAUCUAUCGAGGAAUUCAACACAAGAUAUCAAGCGUUGUGCAGUAGGCCGAUUUCCGGGAGAGAUUUGUGUCUUCUCAUUCUUGGGAAACUUGGACUUGGCAACCAGUACGCUGUUGGAAAACAAAAGGUAUUCCUGAAGUUGGAAGCAGUUCAAAAGCUGGAUGCAUUGAAGUUGCAGAAACUCCACGCUGCUGUGACAAUACAGCGGUUCACCCGAGGACAUUUGGCCAGAUCGAGAUAUCGACCUCAGAUUCUUAAAAACAUUGAAGAAAAGAGGCGUCAAGCAAUGAAGAUUGCAAGAGAGAAAGAAUUACGUUAUAUGGAGAAACAUACGGAGAAUCCCUCUCAAUUAAUUUCUGCAGAACAAGAGAAUUCUUCAAACACAAGAGAAACUAUCCCAAUGACUGCAAGAUCUCCGUUAAAGACCGGGUCUGCUUCGUAUGACUCAAAUGAAAUAACCCCCAAAGCCCCAAUAACAAAUGCAUCAGAGAGCAAGACUUCUACGUCCAGCAGCAUCUCUGGCACUGGGUCUACUGGAGGGUCGAGUUCUACUUCGUCUAAUCAGCGCCUCAAUGGUGGACGAAAACUAUCUCGUCUCGACACGCAGGAUGAAAUCGCGAUUAUCAGGAUUGAUGAGGAGGAGGACAUGGAAUCCGUUUUUGAGGAUUUUGAUUACGUCGAUGCACGUUGGGACAGAUUCAAUGUGAACGACCAGGAAGAUUGGGGAGAGGGGCAUUGCUAUCAGAACACUCUGAAGGUUUUGAAGAUAUGUUUGUAUCUGGUCCUGUUCCUCUUGGUGAUGAGUUCAGCUUUUGUUGCCAAGAUUUCCCUACUGAUGAUGACAUCUGGCAUGUACUACCUGAGACCCUUCUUACAGGACCCCAGAAAUAAUGGAACCAUGGCUAACUCUGAGGGUUUCCAUGAGAUGAAAGACACCAUCUUCACAUUCCUAAUUCUAUGUAUCACAUUCCCAUACUUCAUCAUUUUUUUGGUUUCUUUCUUCAAAACCAUCUUUGGAAGUCAGCAGUGGCCAUCAUACAAAAUCCUUAUCUUAGUCUUGUUCACUGAAGGUCUACAUACACUGGGGCUUGUCCUGUUGGUAUUCUGUGUUUUGCCAUACCUGAGUCUGUUACAAGCCCUGCUGCUGGUUAAUGCUACAGGUCUCAUUCCUGCAUUCUUCAAGUUGAUUAGUCCUUUAAGGAACAACCAAGAAAAAGGAAUCCGAUGCACCUUGAUCAAAGUAUUUGACUUUCUGGCAUGCCUUGCACAACUUUCUGCACCAGUUGUGUUGGUCCUCAUGAAAGUCUUUGACAUAGAUUUUUCUGAGACAGCACUUGUCAAUUUUGUUUGGCAGGCUCCUCUUGGAUUGAUCCUGACAUCUGUGCCUCUAUGGGAGAACUACACUGGCAGUAGAUUUUUCGACACAAGAAUAGCAUUGCAUGCUGGUAGGCAGAAGCUGACCUGUGUGACCAGCUUGUUCAAAUUCGGUUGCACAUUCUUGUUUGCCUACUACUUGAAUGUCAUUAAUGGCAAUGAGUUGAACUUCGAUAUUGAUGCAUUCACACUCUUGAUUCAGGGGACCAACCCCAAUUCAACCAACAUCACCCACACCAGUGAUGCAAAUAUAUCUGUUGACCAGGUUUUCAUCCAGUUGUCUCCAUUUCUGGCACAAGUGCUUGGUGUGCUGAUCUGUGUGUUUUUAACACACCAGGCCUGCAAGCUGUGCAUGCAGCUCAUUGCCUUCUCUCUUCCAAUGCUCCUGCUCUCUCCCAUUGCAGUUACAAUUCUUCUGGUUAAUGAAACUUACAACUUCCUGCCUACUUCCCUAUCUGCACCUGAUGGUGCAGACAACCAUGUGGUAUAUGUGUUUGACUUCCAUCACGGACAGAAGGAUUCUGUGUCGUUUUCAUUGACCAUUAUUUUGGGAGCAAUCUGGUGGUUCUCCAUGAUGUGGAUAUCCAGACACAUCUGGUUUCCUCAGUCCAAUAGAUUUGCCAGGAAUGAAGACCUUUUUGUCUCCUCAUUCUACUGUGGUGCCCUCAUUGACAUAUGGAACAUGUGUAAUCGGAGAAGCAAUGACAAGGAGAAGUACCUUAAAUGGAAGGCAGAAGACUUUGAAAAGUACUUCAAAAAAGAAGUGCCGAGUGGAGAUUACCUCUUGGCAUCAAUGACCUCAUCUGAGCUGAAAAGUAUGAAAGGAGAGGAUUCUACUGACAGUGCAGUCCCAAUGAUUUAUGCCUGUGCUACAAUGUGGCACGAAACAAGAGUAGAGAUGACACAACUGAUGAAGUCCAUUCUAAAAAUGGACGAGGACCAAAAUGUGAGGAGAUUACAAAGAGAACAUUUCAAGAUAAAAGAUCCAGAUUACUAUGAAUUGGAAACUCAUAUUUUAUUUGAUGAUGCAAUGGGGAAGAAUGCAGAAAACCAGUGGGUGCCGAACAGCUUUGUGCAACAGUUUGUGGAAGUGAUGGAUGAAGUUUUGAGUGAUGUGGUAUGCACGGCAGAUGGCAAAGCUUUCAAACCACCCACCAAAUGGACCACUCCAUACGGAGGUCGCCUUGAGUGGACUCUCCCUGGAGGAACUAAACUGAUCACACACCUUAAAAACAAAAAUAAAAUUAGGCAUCGCAAGAGAUGGUCACAGGUGAUGUACAUGUACUACCUUUUGGGCUUUAAGACCCUUCAGGACAAUUCAAUGGGAAAUUCCCACGAAAUUGCUGACAAUACAUUCCUCCUGGCCUUAGAUGGAGAUGUGGACUUCAAACCAGAUGCAGUAAGUAUGUUGGUGGAUAAGAUGAAGAAAAACCCCUUGGUUGGUGCAGUGUGUGGACGCAUUCACCCUAUUGGAACCGGUCCUAUGGUGUGGUAUCAAAUGUUUGAGUAUGCCAUUGGCCACUGGCUUCAGAAAGCUACAGAGCACGUGUUGGGCUGUGUACUGUGCAGUCCUGGAUGCUUCAGUUUGUUCAGGGGAUCUGCACUAAUGGAUGACAAUGUCAUGAAGCGAUAUACUCAGAAGCCAGAGCAAGCAUCGCAUUACGUCCAGUAUGACCAAGGAGAGGAUCGCUGGUUGUGUACCUUACUGCUACAGAGAGGCUACCGUGUAGAUUACGUGGCUGCUUCAGAUGCUCUGACUUAUGCUCCUGAAACUUUCAAUGAAUUCUUCAAUCAAAGAAGGCGCUGGCUUCCAUCCACAAUGGCAAAUAUCUUGGAUCUAUUGAAAGACUACAAAAAUACUGUUCGCCGGAAUAACAACAUCAGUUAUCUCUACAUUGCAUAUCAGUUCAUCCUGAUGGUGACAACAGUUCUGGGACCUGCAACAGUGGCAUUGAUGAUUGCAAGCUCUAUCCGUUCCUUGUUCCCAUUUCUCGAUGUUUAUUUGUCAAACCUGAUAGCAUCUGGACCCUUGAUCAUUUUCUUCAUCAUCUGCUUUGUUGCCAAACCUCCCACCCAGUUAUUUGUGGCAGGGAUCCUUAGUGCACUCUAUGCUCUUCUCAUGAUGGCAGUCAUAGUAGGGACAGUGGUGACAGCUGUGACAGAUGGGUUCUUUAAUCCUUCUGUGGUCUUUUUGAUUGGUCUCAGUGGGGUUUACUUGGUUUCUGGACUGAUCCAUCCCAAGGAAUUUUUCUGUCUUAUUCACGGGGUUCUCUACUUUCUCUGCAUUCCAUCAGGUUAUUUGAUCCUGGUCAUUUACUCCUUAUGUAAUCUUAAUGUGGUCAGCUGGGGUACCAGGGAAGGUCCUGCCAAACAAGCUUCAGCACAAAAGGAAAGUCCAAAGUCCAAGGGACUUCUAUCCCUUUUUAAAAGUGGUGGGUUACAAGAGCUGAAAGAGUUGUUUGGAGGGAAAAACAGUGAUGCCCAACAAAGGAUUAUCAAACUGCUUGAAAACUUGGAUGAAAAGGUAAAAUAUUUAAUUGCCAAAGACAAAAAACCCAAGAAUGAUGUUGAAUUGGGAGACUAUGACACACCUGAGAAUAUGAACACAGACACAAUACCUGAAAAAGUGUUUGAAAAGCCCGAGUUAAAACCAAGCCAACCAGAACCUCAGGAGUCUAAACAAGAAGAUGGUGAUUUUUGGGCAAAGCAACCAUGGCUAGGGUCAGGAAAAGAAAAACAAAUAACAAACCAGGAAAACACCUUUUGGAAAAACUUCAUUGAGAAGUAUCUCUAUCCUCUUGAAAAUGACCCAGAAGAACAGAAGAGAAUUGCAGCUGAACUGAAAUCAUUAAGAAAUGAUGUGAACUUCGCUUUUUGGAUGAUCAACGCCAUUUGGAUGGUAUUGAACAUGGCUCUGCAAGAUCAACGUACAAAGCAGCUGCUGAGCUUCAGAUUGGGCGCUGACACAACUGGCAACAAUAUCAAUGUAGAAAUUGUCAGUUUUGUUUUCUUGAUCACAUUUGCAGUUAUUCUGUUGUUCCAAGUAUUUGGAAUGUUUGUCCACCGCUGGGGUACCUUUGUGCAUCUUAUGUCCUUCACAUCCCUUUCUUUGAAAUCAUUUCGUAGGAUGGACAUAGAGGACAUCGAUAAGAGUGAAUUUGAUGAAGAGGACUUGCCUCAGGUUUUAAGCUUCACAAGACAGUUGGUAAGAGAGCAGCUGUUGGAAGAACCAGAGCCAGACUACGACUGGAGCGAUGAAGAUGAUGACAGCACGUACUGUACAAGGGGCCAUGCUUUUCACAAUACAUAUGAAGAUUUACCAGAGGAAUCCAUUUAUGAAGAAAUUCCUAAAGGUCCAGAUCUGCUACGUUCCUUGAAGAGGGGCAUGACAGAACGCAGAAACAGAGGUCAGACGGAAAAAAGGGACGUUCGUAGACGUCGUCUCCCAAGACGUGACUGGGAUGAAGUUGGUCAGCAGCAAACUAGCUUUAAACACAGGGUUGUUCCACAGUUGAGGUUCCUGGACAAUGUGAAGAAUAUGAUGCCUCCCCAGAUUCCACAGAGAGGAAUCAGUCGUAACCGCCCAACAAGAUACCAAUCAAGAUCUAAUGGCCAACGUUUUGGAAAUAAAAGGGAUAUCUUUGGUCGAGCAUUUGAAAGAGGGCUAUCCAAGUACAUUCGAUAUUCUCAGAAGAAGGCGAGACGUAGCGUCCCUCGCAAUGGUAGGAUUACUGAAAACCAUACAUCUACCAAUGAAACACGCUAUAUGGUCAAUAGUCAUGACGACUUCACUUACUUGUAAAUGAAUGAACAUGUUUCAAUCUGAUGAUAAUCAGGAAGAAUUUGUAAAGGAAGAGAUUGAACAGUUAUUGCUAUUCAAGAUAAAUUAGUUACAAAAAAUUGUUACAUGGUAUAUGAACAUAUUCAUUUAUUAAUCAUGCGUAUAUUACGGAGUAAACAAAUUCAAUUAGUUUAUACGGUAAUGACUUGAUCUUUUCUCUGGGAAAAAUUAUCUAACUUUCAGAUACAUGAAUUUGGAAUCAUUGAAAAUAUGUUUUUAGUAGCAUUUGUUGUGCUUUUACUUAUAGAAUGGAACUACAGAGUAGCCUGCCAUUUAAUUUUGUUGCAACCUCUAAAUAGGAAUGUUGUGUUUUAAGAAUUAUUGACUUAAAAAAUAGUAUCUUUACAAUUCACAAUUUUCCCCAUUGAAAAUAUUGAGUCAUUUCUGCCUGUUAGUUCCAAAAAUAUAUCAUAGCAUUUUACCUUUUUGCAUUUACAUGUCUACACAUGUACUAAAUAGCAUUUACACAGGUACUUUCACCUGCCUUUAUUGAAAAAAACAAAAUUAAACAAAUAUUUUCAUCAUAAUCACCAGAAAAAAGUUAUGGAUGUCACUAUUUAUAUUUAUAUACUGAAAAUAGCAAUAUUAUAAUGAUGUUUUUUUAACACACUGGCAGAUCUACUGUUCUUACCACAGUCAGAGAAAAGAAAUCAACUCUUAAGCUUGUAGGGAACAAAGGGGGGUGUUCAGAAUAAAGUUAUCGUACCAGCAGGAACGAUCUAUCUUUGCAGGGAUUCUCACUAAGGUGCAUUCAAUGUAAUAAGAUUAAUUGUCUGGCAUGCCCCUGCAAGAAGCUAGUUUAUUAAAUGAAAGUUAAUUACCUCCUAGCUUUGAGUUUAUUCUGAAUACUUUCAAAGAAAACUUAAUAAAUUUUCUUUAAUAUUUUAUCUGUUAAAUUUUUCAUAUUAUAUUUUUGAAGCACAUACUAUUUUUAUAUAAAAAUUAAGUUCUUUCUCUAAACUAGUUAUAUCAAAAUAUACAUAUAUACGGUUGGUUUUUUAACCACAAUGCAUUGUUCAUAUUAGUUAAAUAAAGUAAUGUAUAGUUCAACUUAUUACUGUUACCUUGUUUCAAACUUUUAAGUUGUAACCUUUUAUCAAAGAAAGAGAUGUAAAUGAGGAGACCUAACAGUGACACAACUGUACUCUUAACUAAGUGAAACCAACAGUCGCAUUUCAAUC